CCAAAUUGCAUGGGCAAACGGUCCUAACAGUGACUCACAGUGACUUAGGCCUGAUACACGAGUGUCGUUGACUUUGGUCAGGUUUAGUCGAAAGAAAGACUCUCAAAAGCCAGUCACAAAUAACUUCAGCUCAAAAUCAUACUACAAAGUAGUAAAGUAGAAAUGGAAAUUUGCUCAACAAAAUCAAGAUGGAAUUUUAAAGGAAAAGAAGAAGCGAAAAAAGCAUCAGCUUGCACAAUAAGAGGCUAUCUAAACAACUUAAAUGAAAACAUCAACAAAAAUGAUACAAGAAAUGUAAUCCCUCUUAGUCAUGGUGAUCCUAGUGGAUUCCCUAAUUUUAGAACAACUAAAGUAUCAGAGGAUGCUCUAAUUGAUUCACUUCAAUCUGGUAAAUACAAUGGCUAUGCCCAAAAAUCUGUUCUUCUUCAAGCCACUAGGUCAAUUGCAGAAUAUCUGUCUCGUGACUAUCCAUACGAAUUGUCAUCAAAUGAUGUUCAUGUCACAGCUGGGGCAAAGCAAGCAAUAGAUGUCCUAAUUACAGCUCUUGCUGUACCUGGUGCUAAUAUUUUGCUUCCUAGACCAAGGUAUCCAGCUUAUGAAGCACUUGCCACAUUUAACCGUCUCGAAAUUAGGCACUAUGAUCUUCUCCCUGAGCAGGAUUGGGAGGUGGACAUCAAUGGGCUUGAAGCUCUAGCAGAUGAUAGAACUGUUGCCAUGGUUAAUAUAAACCCUGGUGAUCCUUGUGGGAAUGUGUACGAGAGUGAACAUUUGAAGAAGGUCGUCUCGUCGUUGCAUUAUACUUGUAUUUAUUUUGUUAAAAAUGUGGUUUAAGAUUUGCUCAUUAAUUGUUGGUUUCUUGAAUGAGAAUAACACAUAUUGCAGAGGCUGCAAGGAAGCUUGGAAUGCUAGUAAUAUCAGAUGAAGCCUAUGGUCAUUUAGUGUUUGGUAGUAAUCCAUUUGUGCCAAUGGGUGUCUUUGGAGAAAUUGCACCUAUUCUGACAAUUGGUUCCAUUUCAAAGAGAUGGAUGCUUCCUGGUUGGCGAUUUGGCUGGAUCGUGAUAUGUGAUCCCAACGGCAUCCUUCAAAAACAUGGGGUUCGCUCUCUUUUUCUCUCGCUGAUAACGGAAAGCAAAGAGGGAAUUCUGAUGGAAGAACUUUACUUUUUCCUUUUCUUUCUUGUUUAAGUGAGGAAAUAUAUGAAUCGUGGACAAAAUAGUUGUGGAGUCUAUCAAGAACUACCUCAACAUAGGUGUUGUACCUCCUACGCUCACUCUGGUAUAUUAAACAAGCGUUUAUGCAAAAAAGUUUGAUAUGGUGCCCCAUUAACUGGAAUGUUAAACCAAGCAAAAUGUUAUCACCUUAAAAGCUGUGAUGACUUAUCUGUAAAGGUCAAAGACUUUGGAUUAAUUUGUGACAAUGGUACUGACUGAAUUCAUAUCAAGCAUAGGGGAGCAGUUCAUGCAUGAUUCUGUCUCUAACCCAUGUUAUCUAAAUGUGGUUUCACAUGAACAUUAAUGCAUCAAGGGAUUUUGAA